CUUGCCAAUCUACACAGUACAUUUUUGAUUUUAUUCAUCUUCUCUCAUCUAUAUUCAGAAAAUCUUGUGAUUGUAAUUUUACUGUUGUUAUUACCAUGUUAUCAUACACUCACAUCAUUUGGCCACAUUGUUAAAUAGAUUGUUCUAUGCUGACCAGACAGAAUAUGCCACGGGAUAUUCUCAGCGAUAGUUUGGCUGUAUUGAGGAUUGUUGAGCAUGAAGAUGAAGAAAAUUGGCCAUUAGAGGAUAACUCAUCAUGUAAGCAAAAUGUAAAAAAAAUGACUAAUGCUCCGAUUAACAACCAACAAAACUAUCCCAAAGAUGAUUGUGCUUGCUACUAUAACUAUGGUCUCGGAGAGAGUGGGAGUAAUCGGCAAAAUGAUCCUUUAUACCAAUACAAAACAAGUAGUUUGCCUGCAGCAUCUUCCAUAAACCAAUCAUGGGAUGAAAUUGUAUGUUCAGCCUUAAGACUGACACCGGAAGACAUUGCUAACCAGCUAACAUUGUUGGACUUGGCAUCAUUCAAAGCAAUCAGACCAGAGGAAUUGACUACAUGCGGCUGGAAUAAGCUCAACAAAUUGACAGUUGCACCUAAUGUUGUCGCGUUUACGAAGAGGUUUAAUAGGGUUAGUUUCUGGACCGUACAAGAAAUAUUAAAUAGCCAAUCGCCAAAAGGGAGAGCUGAAACGUUAGCACAUUUUAUAAAAGCAGCAAAGAAGUUACAUGAUCUUAAUAAUUUGCAUUCACUUUUUGCUAUUAUUUCCGCACUACAAUGUGCUAGCAUAUAUAGGUUGACGAAAACAUGGGCAUGCUUAUCGAAAAAGGAUAAGCAGCAGUUUGAUAAACUGGCAGAGUUGUUUGGAGAGAAGGAUAACUGGACUGCACUGAGAGAAUAUUUGAAAAGUAUAGCAUUGCCAUGUAUACCUUAUCUCGGUAUAUUCCUAACGGACUUGGUGUAUAUUGAUAUUGCGCACCCGGCCGGGUCGCCGCACCGCAUCGCCAAGAUGGCGGUAGUUUUAAAGGCGCUGGAACGCUACCAGACCUCAGAAUACGACAUACUGCCUCUCCCACAUGUAGCCACUUACCUAAACAGCGUCCGGUAUAUAGAAGAACUACAGAAGUUCCUUGAAGAUGAUCAAUACAAGUUAUCGCUCAAGUUGGAGCCGCCCUCACCGAUCGGCAGCUGCGCUGGUUCGAAAGAAUCUGUCAAAGAGACGGCGCCUCAGGGUCUAACAACACCUUAUACUUUGUCGCCCUCGCACCGACUCGGCUCCGGCUCCCUAAGACUGCAAGGCACAUACAACCAAUCUAAGUUUAUCCCAACACACAGAAAGUGUCGCUCUCUAGGUUCCAAUAUCUUCGGCAAGAGUCAUACAGAGGAAAAAGUUGACGAGAAGACUCCAGCCGGUUCAGUCAAUUUGCUGGACGACACGUUAUUGGAGUCGCCAGGCUCCGUGGCGGGAGACAAAAUGUCGCAGUCCCUGCCUCAUAGCAAUUUAUCGAGAUCUGAGCCAUUGGAAUGCGACUUCCAAGGCUUCGUCCGAAGGAAAACUAUCACAAAAGAUGGCAGAAAAAUAUCACUAUCAUCCUGGCAGAGAUAUUGGCUGCAGAUAUCUGGAAACAUACUUGUUUUUUAUGCGUCGAAAUCCUUCAAAGGGACAAACCGCAGUGAUUUUCGCAUCGAGCGUUGCAAAGUUCUGUCGUUGGACGGCUGGAUAGCUUCGUGGUGCGACGUAGACGCGGCGGACGCUUUCCAACUGGUCAACCACCACUCCGGAACUCUAUACAAGUUCAAAACUGGCUCCGAAUCAACCGCCAAACAAUGGGUGACGAAGAUCGAAGAAGUCACGAACAAAAUAGUGAAACCCUUGCCCGCCAACCUCAUGUCUUUCGAGUAGCCGAAAACCUCUACAGCAGUACGUAUGUACUUAAAUUAUAUGUACUUUGAUCCAACCAUAGAAACAUAGCGUACCUAUAUCUGAACAACUGAUAACAAACAUUUGUAAUGUGCCUAAUACAAUAUAUUAGGCACACACGCUUCUCUAAUCAUGAACAACAAAUAUUUAUUGUUUACAUUAAGGGUUGUUACCACCGGUAAAUUGGUGUUUACUUUAUAGUCAUUUCACAGUUAUUAUUUUACUGUUAUUACAUCAUAACAAACAUUUGUGCACAACUAACGACGAUUAUCUAUACAUAUAAAAAAUUAUAGCAUUGAACGUUUAAUUCACACAUAAAUGUACUCUCACGAUUUAAAAUUUAUUCGCCUCGAUAUUAUUUAUAAUUUUCUCAACUGCACUAUUCUUUUAAAUUUGAUUACAAAUUAAGAAAUAAAUAAAAUACAAAAUAUUCAACUCGUCAAAAUAGUA